GCCCAUCAAAAUGAACGGCCAAUACGCUCCGCCCCAGGCUCAUGCGCAGCCGCCGCCUGACGUCUCUUGCCUUGGGGUGCCCUUAAUGCCGGUGGCUGCUGGCAGGAAGGCAGGAUGUGGUGAUGUUUGAGUUUGGCACGCUGUGCUGUGUGGAUCAGAAAGAAUGGAGCCAUUGGAGGAUUAUGUAAAGAUAAAGAUGUAGAUACCGCUUUAAAAGUGUAAUAAUGGGACCAGGCAUUCAAGAACAUCCUUUAUUACUGCACCAAAAGGCACAGAAAAAGGAAAGCCAAAUCAAUGAAAACCACAAAGGAAUGGUAAAUAUUGGAAAAAGCCACCCAAGCACCAAAGGAGAAAAGAAAUCAGUUUCUCAUGUGAAAUCACCUGGAAGAUUAUGCAAAAAUGUCCCAAGUACCAAUGAAAAGGCUUCCUGUGACACUCAAGAUGACAACCAACCCAGUGUUAUUAGGAAAGGAAGAAACCAACCAGAUGACAGUACUCAGUCAAAACAGAUCACGAGUGUUUGCACAUCACAGCCCAGAAUACAAGGGUCAAAGAGGAGUCUCCCAGAAACAAGGCAAAAAGAAUCUUUACUGCACAGGAUUCCUCCUGCCCCAAAAGGCAGCACACAAGGUAGCUUCUACAGGGCUAAAGAUGUUCCAGUGCAACGUUUUUAUUGCAGUAAAAAAGAACAGCUGGAAAAGAAUCAUGAAGAAUAUGUUGCCGAAGCUGGUCCGUGUUCUUCUAAAUGGCAAGAAGCAUCUGUGAAUGAAAUGUUUCUAGAUUUUGAAUCUGUACAAAUUAUUAAAGAAGAUGCUGAAGAUGAUAGUGCCAGUGAUCUCUCUGAUUCAGAAAGGAUUCCCAUUCCUCCAUCUCCCUGCACACCACCAGAACUCAUACUCAGAGCUGAAGAAAUUGAUCCAGUUUCUUUUGAACGUGUGCCUGAUACGGGUUUUAAAGAGUCAGAAUAUUACUACCCGGACUUCCUGCCACCUCCUUUUAAUUCAUGGGACUUGAAGCAACUGGCCAUUUUUCUUAAUGUAGAAGGUAGAUCUGAACUUCGACCAAAGCCAACUGGAUUUCUUGAGAAAUACAUUGAUCGCCUUUUGCAGCUGGAGUGGCUGCAAAUGCAGACUGUACAGAAUGAGAAAGCAAAGGCAGCCAAAGCCAGACCACAGACUGCUCCCAGUUCCAUACGUACCCUAAAAAGCCCUGGCAAAUGCAAAGCAUUGCUUAGCCCUUUGCCUAACAAACAAAUGGUUCCCCAGGAAAGUACUACAAAACUCCCCACGUGCUAUUCAGGUCACAGGGUAGAUCCAUACUGUGAAGAAAGCCGACAGUUUUAUUCACAACCAGGUCACUUGAAACUGUCUGAGAGAACGGGACAUGCAAUGUCUUCUCAGAGACAGUCUGGUGAAAUAAGAAAUGAGCUGAAAAAAACAACUGCAAAGCAACAGCUCAAUAUGCAGCCAUCUGAAAACAAUUCUAAAAUUCAAACUGUUGGUAAUAUCAGACCCCCUAAGCAAGCGCCAGCAUUUCAUGGUUCAGCUGCUCCCAUCAAAGGCUUAAAAACGUAUGCAUGUACAAACACAAAGAAAAACGGCAAUGCUAACAAUUAUGUUCCUUCUAAAAAACCAGCAGGGGACAGAAAAAUAAAAACAAAUGGCACAAAACAGACAUCACGAAAACUUAAGUGAAGAGUUUAUUAGUAAAUGUUGAUGUUUCCUGACUGCUAGAAAGUGUUUGGCCAAUGUAGAAGGGUCAAGUUAUCUUCAUAGGAAGAUCCUGAGAAAAUAUGUUUUUGAUUCAUGGUUCUGAGUCAGUGCUGUUCAUUUCAAUACAUUUGAUCUUAAGCCAGCAAGGCCAGCAGGAAAUCUUUUCCCUGAAGGCAAGUGUCUUCCAUUGGUCUUUCUUCAAGCACAUUGACAAUAGCUCAAGAGUAUGAAAGUUUAGAGAUAUACAUAGUUAUAAAAUGUCCUCCUAUUUGCACCAAUUGAAGUUUGCUGAAGUCUGUAAUGUUUCUUCUGGACUCCUUGUGUAUUUUAGAGAAUAGGAUCUGAGCUCUUUAGAAGAGAUGUUAUUUUGUGAUAGGCUUCAUAGUGUUUUAUUCUGAUGGGAAAGGGCUCAAUUGUUUUUAUAAAACAAUGGAGCAGCUUAUCUAUGCAAAGUCGAACUAAUUCUUCAUAGAAGAUGAUGAAUUUUUGGAUGAAUUGGAUGUAGGUUUUUUUUUUUGCUAGGAAGAAGAAUGGAGAUAAUGUACUGGAAUAUUUUAAUACUAAAAGGAUUCUUUUAAAGACAAUUGUUAGAGAGCAGACAGCUUCAAUAGUGGCAGAUUAAUAAAAUCAAAUGCGUAUUUUUAUACCCAGAAAACUUCACUGUUUACAGACAGCAUUCCUUUGUGUUCAUUUUGUAAACCUUGAUGCUUUUUGUCAUUUCAAGUAAAUGACCAAACUUCAAAUUGCACAUGGAUAUCGAUGACUAAUGCAAAAUAGGAAUAUUACUACACAAUCUGUUGCCUAACGUUCAGAACUGGUAAGCUCUCAAAACCCAGAAAAUAGACUUUUAGGGGAUGAGUUUGAAGGCCCUUAGCUGGGAACGCUAUUCUGUUUGAAAAGCUAGAAAAUGUUUUGAAGUCUGAAUUUUAAAUACUGAGCACCAUUACUUCAUCCUCAGCCACAGUGAACUGUUGAUGAGAAGUAAGCUGAGGUCUGACAGACCAGGUUUUACAAGUGCAUCCUUCCCAUUCAGAUAGCAAAUUAAAAAACAUCAGUUACUAAAGAAUAUAUUAUGUACAUAGUUUAACUGCACUUGUCUCAUCUCUCUUGGUUUUAAGAUGCUUAGCUGUUCUUUCAUUGUGCCUAGUAGGUCUUCAGCUUUGUAAAAUCUCCAAGCAUGGAUUUAUAUGUAGUUUAAAAUGUGAGAAUAUUAAUAAAUGUAGUAAUAAGUAUUUUACACAAAAACAAUGCUCAGGAAUAGACUUAAGAAAUAUUUUUAGUGUUUUUUUUCCUAGUUAGUGGAGACCAAAUAUGAAAUUUUGAAUUGAUGAAGGAAAAAAAAUUAAUAUACAGUAUUAUAUAUCCAUAUGCAGUAUUUGUUAGGAUACAGUUAAAAUAAAUUGUAGUUGCUUCUACAUUCUGCUCUAUGCAAUUAAAGUAAAACUUAAUCUGAUGUCCUCAAAGAUCAAAUACAUUGGCUGUGUCAGAGGUGUGGAGAAACUUACAGGAUGGCAUUCAAAUACCAGCAGCUGCAGAGCAUUAGCACAUACUUGUGUUACAGCUUUAUCCUUUUGUUUUGGUGCAGACUCUUCCUGUAUUUCAGCUUCUUUAAAUGGAAAGGGUUUUGCAUCCAGUGUUGGGAUUUCAAGCUUCUUCCAAAUUCUACAAGCCUUCACUAGUAAAGUUUUACUGAUUUACAUUAAGAUUAACACUAGGACUGCUCUUGCUGAUAAGCACGAUUUUAGUACCCUAAUUUAGAACACUAUUGUAAGCUCCAAAAGCAAGGUGAGCAGAAUCAGAAUGGCAGGUUUUUUAAGCACAUUUUCUUAGAUGCAGUAAUUAAUUUAGCGUAUUAUUAUAACACUGAAUAUUAAUUAGCAUAUACAAAACGUUCCUCUGAUAUGUUGCUUUAUAUUGCUGUUUCCUCAGGUUACAAUGAAAGCAUGAAGAUACACGCACGUUUUGCAUGAUAACUUCUUAAAGUGCAAAUAGUGUUUCAGUCAGCUCUGGCCAGAGCAAACUCAACUGGCAGAGAAUUUCUUUUCUUGCACACCUAGGAAUUAGAAAACUCUGUUUUAACGUAUUGUUUGUGGUCUCAUGCACAUCUAAUGCCAAUCUGUUGCUGGAGACUUUAAAAAUUAAAAAAAAUAAUUUAAUAAUUAAAUAGGCAGAAGUAGUACUGACAUUGAAAAUAAAUCCGUGUGCUUGUUCAUCACUAAGCCAAAGUUUGUCUUGCAUGAUAGUUUUUGUUCACUGAUUUGAUACUUACACCGUAACGUCUACUUUGUUUGCAUACAGAAACAGAAAUUCUGAUUUUACCUCAAAAAUAAUUAUUUACACAAGAGACCUGCAAGUGUUGGAAUUGAUCCAGCACCGGUUUUGCUUCCACUUUAACUUGUCUGUGUUUUGGGCCUAUAGCUGAAAAGAGCUCCCUCGGUAAAGAAAACUAUGGUUUAUCUUUCUUUGAUUUUGUAUUGAUGGGCACUGUCUUUAGAAACAGAAUAUAGCAGACAUAUUUAUUCCACCAAAUACAUUCCAUCUGGAAUUAAAAUAUUUCCAUAGCACAAUGUUUGUGUGGCCAUUUCUGUAUUUUCACUGCAUUUAGCAAUAUGCUCCUAUGUUCACGUGUCUUUCAGUCUAGCUCUGAAGAUGCUUCUUGAACAAGUUUACCGUGAUUUGAGAUAUUUAAACUGAGUGGGUUUUUUUCCCCUAGAUAUCUUAAAGAUUUAUUACCAAACUAACAGCCUCAGGUUGCAUUUAAAAUAAAUACUCAGAUUCUACUUCAGUUAUACAAGUAUAAGCUAUGAAUGGCUCUUGUUCUCAAUGAAAUUACUUAUUUACAAAGAUGUAACCAGUUUUGCUCCAGCACAUAUAAAUGGUUUUCCAUAGCACUACUGUAUAGUAUUUUUAACGUAUAAUGGAAAGAAAUUUAAAACAAAUCCAUUUUGAUCUCGAGACACUUUUUGCCUCCAUUACUUCUGUCUCUGCAGUCUAAUGCUGUGGUCAGCUAUGGUUUCACCCCUUUGCACUCUUACACAGCCUUUCAGUUGAAAAUACUGGUUCUGAUGUUUCUGCACCAUGCCUCUAGAUCUUCAUUUUGUUAUCUGUACAGACAUCAAUCUUUGGCAGUUACUCAGAAAUUAUGCUUCAAAUAGGGAUUGUUACUGCAUGAACAAGGCGCUCAGUCCUGGGAAGAAGGGCAUAGCAAGUGAAAGAGCCCAGGAAGGAACUGUUGGAUCAGCCCCUGCUGCUGGUUCAGCAUACUGAAUCACAGGAUGGCCACUUGCUGGUUAAGUGGAUUGCAUUUUCCUUUGCAAAUGGGAUUUUACCUUUGCUGGUACAAAUUCAGCAUAAUAGAGUUAUAGUACUUCAGAAAGAGUCCGAAAGAUUCAGCAGUGUUUUUUCCUAAGUUGAGUUUAGCACAAACAGGUGGCCAGAACAAGGAGCUCUCACCUCCUGCAAGCACUUCUCCAAGAUGCUGUGUUCUACUGCCCAUGUGCUACUAGCACCCUUAUGUCAUCUGCUGCUGAUCUGUGCAGUGUGAAGAAGAGGGGAAUAAUGCUGCUCCAGAUAACUAUGCUUAUAUCCCUGGACUAAAACGUCUUGUUUGACUUCAGCCUUCUUCAUUAUGCUGCAAUCUCAUCAUUCUUUUGUCCUUUCUUUUGUGUCAUUUAUUGUUGACUGAGGAAACUUUUGUAUUUCCUGUUUAAAUGAAGUCGUUAGAAGGUUCUGAAUAUUUUGGCUGAUCUUUUUUGGAACUGUUAUAGUUAACAAUUCUAUACUAUGUUAACUGCCUGUAAUGUACUCUUUUUUGGCCGUGUUUUGAAACAUGUUCAGUCUUUUCUUUACUGCUCCCACUGGAAUUAUUAGUGGGUUUUCUCAAGACAAAUAAUUAGAACAGGUCAGUUUGUUUGAAGCCCAGGUUUUGAUGUUGGUAAUAAUUUGCUUUUACUUACUCAAAGCUUCUGUGGUUAUUUUUGCUGGAAAUUUCAUUGGAAAGUGAUUUUUUUAAUUUAAGUUACUGCCUAUUUAAUAAAAAGGAGAUGCUGCCUACUUGUUA